AUGGAUUUUUUUGCUGGGGUGGCAAAUACUACAGCAGCUAUUAUACAAUCAAGAUGUGGAACACUUAAUUCUAAUGAUGAUCUAACAAUUGCUCAAACUGUCGAUGUUGUUCUUUCGUUUACUCAAAGUGUGUUUGGGAAGGUACAUAUCGAACAGAUUCUAGUAGACUCAGCUCUCACCUUAGGAACGAGUAGUCUAGCCGGCACCUUUGAGGACAAUGUGCCCAGAGGACGAUUCUUACAUGUAGACAAUUUGUCCAGGCGAAAUUCUGUCUCGGAGGCAUUUUUGGCCAAAGGGCAAAUUGGACAAUUCGAUCUACAAGGUCUGAUUAAAUUUGACAACAUAAUUCUUAUUACAAUAUGA